AUGGCGGUGAACACUAUUUCUAAAAAACGCAAAUUUGUCGGCGAUGGAGUUUUCAAAGCGGAACUGAAUGAGUUCCUCACGCGUGAACUCGCUGAAGAUGGGUAUUCUGGAGUGGAGGUACGUGUGACUCCGACGCGUUCGGAGAUCAUCAUUAUGGCGACCCGCACACAGAGCGUGUUGGGGGAGAAAGGACGUCGGAUCAGGGAAUUGACGUCUGUAGUUCAGAAGCGAUUUAACAUCCCAGAACAGUCCGUGGAGCUGUAUGCCGAGAAGGUCGCCACUCGUGGUCUGUGCGCUAUUGCUCAGGCUGAAUCUCUUCGGUACAAACUCAUUGGAGGCCUUGCUGUAAGAAGAGCAUGCUAUGGUGUACUUCGGUUCAUCAUGGAGUCUGGAGCAAGAGGGUGUGAAGUAGUUGUGUCAGGCAAGCUGCGGGGUCAGCGUGCCAAAUCUAUGAAGUUUGUGGAUGGCCUCAUGAUUCACUCUGGUGACCCAUGCAACGAUUAUGUUAACACUGCCACAAGGCAUGUGCUGUUGCGUCAAGGUGUGCUUGGUAUUAAGGUAAAGAUAAUGUUGCCUUGGGAUCAGCAAGGCAAGAACGGGCCAAAGAAGCCACAACCAGACCACAUUUUGGUAACAGAGCCCAAAGACGAGCCAGUGCCAGCGGAACCUGUGUCAGACGUGCGCUCGUUGUCGGCUGCGCCAGCAGCUCCCUUAGCGCCUCUCGCCGCGGCACCCACUACACCCAUGGCUGCGCCCGCUCCACAGUCUGCCAUCGCGUAG